AUGAUGUCAAAAUAUUUCUUAAUUGCUGUUGUCGUCAUUUUACAAGUCUAUUGUUGUUUUACAGCGCCUAUCGAUAGACAGAAACGAUCGACGUGGGAUUCUCAUGGAAUGACAAGGUUACGUUUUGGACCUCCACAAUCGUACGAAAUGUGGCGAGAUGGAACUGGACAGUUUCGAUUUGGUCCUCCUCAGUCCUAUGAGAUGUGGCAAGAGCCAGGUGGAAGACUUCGUUUUGGGCCUCCGGAAAAUCAUUCACGUCCACCUUACAUAGUUUUCAUCUUGGCAGCUAUUGUUAUUCCGUCGAUCGUUGCAAGAGAAAAACGCAGUUUAUUUGAAGUAAUGCGUGAUAGUGAUGAACUCGACUUAAAAGGUCGUUCAAUGAUAAGAUUAGAUAAAAGCUGUAAUUGGUAUACUUAUGAAUUGGAUCCAACGGGCAAUGUUUUUUACGAUGAGAAAAGUUACCAAUGUCCGAGUAACACACUAGCAUCUGGUUACUGUGUUCUUCCAUGGUCGGAUGCAAUCAAACAAUGCAAUUCAGACGUUAACUGUACUGGAUACGCCAUGACGGAUAUUGCUAAUUGGCACGAUCUAUAUGAUAAAGGCUCGGAAGUUGCUGUGCAACUAUACACCAGCACUCUAUCGCCUAAGAAUCGUCCGCAGGAAUACUCCCGAUGGUUUGUUUGGCGCAAAACAUGCUGGAAUUUUUCUGCUGGACCAGUGUCAAUAGACAACACUUUGACAAAUUCUGUAGCACUUCUUAAACCCAAAGCAUCGCUUAUAUUAUCUUUUCUCACAUUAGUGCUGGGCCUCAUUGCUCUUUAA